AUGGGAAAACAUAUUUUUCUUCUAUUCUGCAAAACGUUAAAUGAGCAGUAUGGCUUAGAACCAACAAGAUACAUGACCGUAGAGGAGAUGGCUGCUAUGCUCCUAAUGAUGGUAGGACAUGGGGUAGGGAAUCGAAUGAUUCAAGAACGAUUACAACACACUGGGGAGACAGUUAGCAGAUAUUUUCAUCAAGUUUUACUAGCAUGUUUGAAAUUGGCUAUGGACAUCAUUAAGCCAAAAGAUCCAGCUCUUUCUGAUGUUCACACUAAAUUAAGAGAAGAUAAUAGGUACUGGCCAUAUUUUAAAAAUUGUAUUGGAGCUAUAGAUGGCACACAUGUACCUUGUAUUAUUCCUUCUAAGGAUCAAAUAAAGUACAUCGGUAGGAAAGGUUUUACUUCACAAAACAUAAUGGUUGUAUGUGAUUGGGACAUGUGCUUCACUUUUGUGUGGCCAGGGUGGGAAGGUACUGCACAUGAUGCUAGAAUAUUUGAUCAAGCAGUUAGAAGACAACAUCUUAAUUUUCCCCAUCCUCCAGCAGGAUAUCGAACAAUGUUGGGCUACUUAGGACCAUAUAAGGGUGAACGUUAUCAUCUCCCUGAUUUUGGACGUAACUCAAGUUUCAAAAAUCCGAAUGAGGUUCAUCUUGUUACAUCUACUAUGGCUAUACAUAAUUUUAUACGAAGAAAUUCUUCCACCGAUGUUGAGUUUGACCAUUAUGCAAAUGAAGAUAAUAUGCCAGAGCUUGAAGAAGAAGAUGGGCAAUCAGACAUUCAUUUAGAAAUGCAAGGAAUGUCUUCUAAUGUUAUGGAGUUGUUACAUAAUAGAAUUAGAGAUGAUAUUAUUGAGAACUCUCCUAAUGUAUAA